AGUGUUACGAUAACUGCAAAAAGCCAUCUGUGUAGUGUUACGAGAACUGAGGGUGCCCAUGUAAACCAUACUGCAAACGAAACUUUGACCAGUAACCCUUCGGGUAAUUCUGGAAACAAAAACACAAGCCAGAAACUCAAAUAACUUUCGUCUGCUAUUUCUUUGGUUUUGAAUCUUUACUUUGGCCUUUACUGUCUUUACAUGUUUUUUUUUUUUAUUUCCAAAUCGGGAAAAAAACAACUUAAAAAAAAACAAUCUGUCAAAGGCUUAAAGUGAUUAUCAGUAGUCGCUAAUACCAAAGAAAUAUUCGCUUGGCAAAUCUGGGAACUCGGCAUCACCAGGAAGGCGGGGAAGCACUUUCAAGUUUCCAGCUUAUAUACCUGAUAGCUAUACCAUGGUAUAACCCACGAGGAUUAAAAUUAUCUCAAGCUUUGUCUCCCCUUGUCCUGCAAUGCAUUUAGGAUUACAUUCACAAUCAAACAAUGGUCUAUGAAAAGGAGUAUGUGCAUGGUUUUGCCAGAUCUACCCAAGCCACUUCCAAUCAGAAAAAACAAAUCACAGUCCACAAAGGUCAAACCAAUAAUAGACUUUCGUAGUAUCAAAGUCAGAGGUGGUAAAGGUGGAGAUGGCUGUAUUUCUCUAAGGAGACUUUGUAAAAACCCUCUUGGUGGACCUGAUGGAGGAGAUGGAGGAAGUGGAGGCCAUGUCACAUUUAAAGCCACAAACAACAAAACUUCUCUAGAACACAUACCUUCAAUAAUAAAAGCUGAUGAUGGUGAAAAAGGAAUCAACAGAGAUUGCCAUGGUAGGAAUGCUGAACAUCUUGUCUUAGAAGUACCAGUAGGAACUAUGUUUAAAAGUUCAAAUGGUCAGAUUUUGGCUGACUUGAAUGAGGAUGGAGCAGUGUUCAUAGCUGCAAGAGGAGGGGCUGGAGGAAAAGGGAAUCACUACUUUGCCACUGACGUAAACCAGGCACCCGAAAUUGCCGAAUACGGUGCAGAUGGUGAAGAAUUGAGUUAUACUGUAGAAAUACGAACAAUUGCUCAUGUUGGGCUGAUCGGACUUCCAAAUGCUGGGAAAUCUACUUUCCUACGGUCUAUCUCUCGUGCUAGACCUAAGGUAGCUCCAUAUCCAUUCACCACAUUGCAGCCACACGUAGGAGUUGUAAAAUACGACGACCUCCAACAAGUGACUGUUGCAGACAUUCCGGGAUUGAUCGCCGGGGCGCACCGCAAUCGAGGAUUGGGAAUUGCAUUUCUGCGUCAUAUUGAACGGUGCCUUUGUUUGCUAUAUGUCGUGGAUGCCUCGUUGCCUGAACCAUGGCAGCAACUUGAAGUCCUCCGAUAUGAACUGGAACAGUACGAUCCACAUCUACUCGAAAGACCCUCUGGUGUUUUAGCCAACAAGAUGGACUUGCCCCAAUCAACCAUAAACCUCAAAGAACUAAAGCAGUAUGUUGAAAAAAUUAAUCUACCUCUCUUCCCUGUUUCAGCCAUGAACAAUGUAGGAGUUCUUCCUAUUCUGCAUUUUGUUCGACAGUUGUAUGAUAGUUCUACUACUAAAGAGAAUUUUGAUGAAAAAGAACAAUAAAAUUUAACUUAGAAAUUGCUAA